AUGAGAAUGCGAAGAUUUUUAGAAGGCAAUUGUGAGGAAGUGUGUGGUGAAGUAGUGGUGUUGCAGAAGUUAUUAAAAAAGGAUUGUUGUAGUUUGGAAAAUAGUUGUGAUUGUUGGAGAAUUAGUUACCUAGAAAGUGCAAUUAUGCUGUCUUCAUAG